ACAAAAUGGCGAUGGCGAUUGGCGAUUAAUCAACCCCAUAUUCAUGUUCGUCGGCACUACGUUAACGUUUACGUGAAAUCUUCUAAUUGUUACGUUGUGCUUUCUUCAAUAACUCUUUGGGGGCUGGUGAACAUCAGUGAUAAAUAUGGCGCUUCCGCCAUACCUCUUGGGUCCUACACCAUGGAUGAUGGUGCAACAGCAAGCAGCUCAUGCUCAGUUGGCUGCUGCACAUGCGCAGGCCCAAGUUGUAGCUCAGGCUCAGGCAGCCCAUGCUCAUGCUCAGAUGCAUGCACUGCAACAAGCACAGCAGCCCGUGCCAAUGCCUUUGCCUAAACCACCAGAGGUUUUGACAGAGGACAAGCUUCAGGAGAAAGCUCAGAAAUGGCAACAACUACAAUCAAAGCGCUUUGCGGAUAAGAGAAAGUUUGGGUUUGUGGAUGCCCAGAAGGAGGACAUGCCCCCGGAACAUAUAAGGAAAAUCAUAAGAGACCAUGGAGAUAUGAGCAGUCGCAAGUACAGACACGACAAGAGAGUUUAUCUAGGGGCACUCAAGUACAUGCCACAUGCAGUUAUGAAGCUGCUGGAGAAUAUGCCUAUGCCUUGGGAACAAAUAAGAGACGUGAAAGCUCUCUAUCACAUUACCGGAGCCAUCACAUUCGUCAAUGAGAUACCUUGGGUCAUUGAGCCUGUGUAUAUUGCACAGUGGGGGACAAUGUGGAUUAUGAUGCGACGAGAGAAGAGAGAUCGCCGACACUUCAAACGAAUGAGAUUCCCUCCAUUUGAUGAUGAAGAGCCGCCACUGGACUACGCUGACAACGUUUUGGACGUUGAACCACUGGAGGCGAUACAGAUAGAGCUGGACACUGAGGAAGAUGCUGCUGUGUACAAGUGGUUCUACGAUCACAAGCCACUGGUGGGCACAAAACAUGUGAACGGGUCCACAUAUCGUCGAUGGAACUUGUCUCUACCUCAGCUAGCAACAUUGUAUCGCUUGGCCAAUCAGCUGCUAACUGAUCUAGUUGACAGCAACUACUUUUAUCUGUUUGAUCAUAAGUCAUUCUUCACAGCUAAGGCCCUGAACAUGGCCAUUCCUGGCGGACCAAAGUUUGAGCCACUCAUCAAGGAUUCAAAUCCUGCUGAUGAGGACUGGAAUGAAUUUAAUGACAUCAACAAGAUCAUUAUUAGACAACCCAUCAGAACUGAGUACAGGAUUGCUUUUCCCUACUUGUACAACAACUUGCCCCACUAUGUACAUUUAUCCUGGUACCACGCUCCAAAUGUUGUUUACAUCAAAACUGAAGAUCCAGAUUUGCCUGCUUUCUAUUUUGACCCUCUCAUUAACCCCAUCUCUCAUCGUCACUCACUCAAGGUGGUUGAACCCUUGCCAGAAGAUGAUGAAGAGUUUGAACUGCCAGAGGAAGUACAACCGUUCCUCCAAGAGACACCGCUCUACACUGACAACACAGCCAAUGGCAUCUCUCUUUUGUGGGCUCCUCGUCCUUUCAACCUCAGAUCAGGCCGUUGCAGGCGUGCCAUUGAUGUUCCAUUGGUCAAGAGCUGGUAUCGAGAACACGUCCCACCUGGCCAACCUGUCAAAGUGCGAGUUAGCUACCAGAAGCUGCUCAAGUACUAUGUUCUGAAUGCCCUAAAGCACCGUCCGCCAAAGCCUCAAAAGAAGAGGUAUUUGUUUCGAUCGUUCAAGUCGACAAAGUUUUUUCAAACAACAACUUUAGACUGGGUAGAAGCGGGACUCCAAGUGUGUCGCCAGGGAUACAACAUGCUCAAUCUCCUGAUCCAUCGAAAGAACCUCAACUACCUUCACCUUGACUAUAACUUCAAUCUGAAGCCUGUCAAGACCCUCACCACCAAGGAAAGAAAGAAGUCUCGCUUCGGAAAUGCGUUCCACCUGUGUCGAGAGAUCCUCAGACUGACCAAGCUGAUCAUCGACUCUCACGUACAGUAUCGCCUCAACAACGUAGACGCGUUCCAGCUGGCGGAUGGACUACAGUAUGUGUUUGCUCACGUUGGUCAGCUGACAGGCAUGUACCGCUACAAGUACAAGCUCAUGAGACAAAUCCGCAUGUGCAAGGAUCUCAAACAUCUCAUUUAUUACAGGUUCAACACCGGUCCAGUAGGUAAAGGUCCUGGGUGUGGGUUCUGGGCUCCAGGCUGGCGAGUGUGGUUGUUCUUCAUGCGAGGUAUCACACCAUUGCUGGAGCGAUGGCUGGGUAACCUGUUGUCUCGACAGUUUGAGGGCCGACACUCCAAGGGUGUGGCCAAGACUGUCACCAAGCAGAGAGUUGAGAGUCACUUUGAUCUUGAGCUCAGAGCCUCAGUGAUGCACGACAUUGUGGAUAUGAUGCCUGAGGGUAUCAAGCAGAACAAAGCCAGGACAAUCCUACAGCAUCUCUCAGAAGCUUGGAGGUGCUGGAAGGCUAACAUCCCAUGGAAAGUACCUGGGCUGCCAACACCUAUAGAGAACAUGAUCCUGCGUUAUGUCAAGAUGAAGGCUGACUGGUGGACCAACACAGCUCACUACAACAGAGAGAGGAUCAGACGAGGAGCCACUGUUGACAAGACUGUGUGCAAGAAGAACCUGGGACGUCUCACCAGGCUGUACCUCAAGGCAGAGCAAGAGCGUCAGCACAACUAUCUCAAGGAUGGACCGUACAUUUCCCCAGAGGAGGCGGUGGCCAUCUACACCACCACAGUACACUGGCUGGAGUCUAGACGCUUUGCACCCAUCCCCUUCCCUCCACUGUCAUACAAGCAUGACACUAAACUGCUCAUCUUGGCUUUGGAACGGCUCAAGGAGGCUUACAGUGUAAAGUCUCGGUUGAAUCAGAGCCAGAGAGAAGAGCUGGGUCUGAUAGAGCAGGCUUAUGACAACCCACACGAGGCCUUGUCUAGGAUCAAACGUCAUCUGCUGACUCAGAGAGCAUUCAAAGAGGUGGGUAUAGAGUUCAUGGACUUGUACUCUCACCUGGUGCCUGUGUAUGAUGUUGAGCCACUAGAGAAGAUCACAGAUGCCUACCUUGACCAGUACCUUUGGUAUGAGGCGGACAAGAGGAGACUGUUCCCACCAUGGGUCAAACCCUCUGACACUGAACCACCACCCCUGCUCGUCUACAAGUGGUGUCAAGGCAUAAACAAUUUACAAGAUGUUUGGGACGUCAGUGAAGCAGAGUGCAAUGUAUUGCUUGAAUCUAAGUUUGAGAAGAUUUAUGAGAAGAUCGAUUUGACUCUCCUCAACAGAUUGUUGCGUCUCAUCGUGGAUCACAACAUUGCUGACUACAUGACAGCAAAGAACAACGUAGUCAUCAAUUACAAGGACAUGAACCACACUAACAGUUAUGGCAUCAUCCGAGGGCUGCAGUUUGCCUCGUUCAUUGUUCAGUACUAUGGCUUGGUGCUGGACCUGCUGGUACUGGGUCUACAGAGGGCCUCAGAGAUGGCUGGACCACCGCAGAUGCCCAAUGACUUCCUUACCUUCCAGGACGUUGGAACUGAGACAGCUCACCCCAUCCGUCUCUACUGCCGCUACAUCGAUAGAAUACACAUCUUCUUCAGGUUUUCAGCUGAGGAGGCCAGAGACCUUAUCCAGCGAUAUCUAACUGAGCAUCCAGAUCCCAACAACGAGAACAUUGUCGGCUACAAUAACAAGAAGUGCUGGCCUCGAGAUGCUCGAAUGCGUCUUAUGAAGCAUGACGUCAACCUUGGGAGAGCUGUGUUCUGGGACAUCAAGAACCGUCUACCAAGAUCUACCACCACCAUACAAUGGGAAAACAGUUUUGUCAGUGUCUACUCAAAGGACAACCCCAAUCUCUUGUUCAACAUGAGUGGAUUUGAGUGUCGCAUCUUGCCUAAGUGCCGCACAACCCAUGAAGAGUUCACCCACAGAGACGGAGUGUGGAACCUUCAAAACGAGGUGACCAAGGAGCGAACGGCUCAGUGUUUCCUCAGAGUGGAUGACGAGAGUCUGCAGAGAUUUCACAACAGAGUGCGUCAGAUCCUCAUGGCCAGUGGUUCUACUACAUUCACAAAGAUUGUAAACAAGUGGAACACUGCACUGAUUGGGCUGAUGACAUACUUUCGAGAAGCUGUGGUCAACACUCAGGAGUUGCUGGAUCUACUGGUCAAGUGUGAGAACAAGAUACAGACCCGUAUCAAGAUCGGACUCAACUCCAAGAUGCCCUCCAGAUUCCCUCCUGUUGUGUUCUACACACCCAAAGAGUUGGGAGGGCUGGGCAUGUUGUCCAUGGGACACGUCCUUAUCCCUCAGUCUGACCUGAGAUGGUCCAAGCAGACGGAUGUGGGAAUCACUCACUUCCGCUCAGGUAUGAGCCAUGAUGAGGACCAACUCAUUCCUAACUUGUACAGAUACAUCCAGCCAUGGGAGUCAGAGUUCAUUGACUCUCAGCGAGUGUGGGCAGAGUACGCACUCAAGCGACAAGAGGCAAACGCUCAGAACAGACGACUUACUCUGGAAGAUUUGGAGGACAGCUGGGACCGUGGUAUUCCGAGGAUCAAUACUCUGUUCCAGAAGGACCGCCACACAUUGGCCUAUGACAAGGGCUGGAGGAUCCGAACUGAGUUCAAACAGUACCAGGUACUGAAACAAAACCCCUUCUGGUGGACUCAUCAGCGCCACGAUGGUAAGCUAUGGAACCUCAACAACUACAGAACUGACAUGAUCCAAGCGCUGGGUGGAGUUGAAGGCAUUCUAGAGCACACACUCUUCAAGGGAACCUACUUCCCUACCUGGGAGGGUCUCUUCUGGGAAAAGGCGUCUGGGUUCGAAGAGUCCAUGAAGUACAAGAAACUAACCAACGCCCAGAGGUCAGGUUUGAACCAGAUUCCCAACCGUCGGUUCACCCUAUGGUGGUCUCCUACGAUCAACAGGGCUAAUGUGUACGUCGGUUUCCAGGUACAACUUGACCUGACAGGUAUCUUCAUGCAUGGAAAAAUUCCAACACUCAAGAUCUCAUUGAUUCAGAUCUUCAGAGCUCACUUGUGGCAGAAAGUUCAUGAGUCAAUUGUUAUGGAUCUUUGUCAGGUGUUUGAUCAAGAGCUGGAUGCCCUUGAGAUAGAGACAGUACAGAAGGAGACUAUACAUCCUCGUAAGUCGUACAAGAUGAACUCUUCAUGUGCUGACAUUCUGCUGUUUGCUGCUUAUAAGUGGAACGUCUCCAGGCCCUCUCUGUUAGCCGACUCAAAAGAUACAAUGGACAAUACAACGACGCAGAAGUAUUGGAUAGAUGUGCAGCUACGAUGGGGAGACUACGACUCUCAUGACGUGGAGAGAUAUGCCAGAGCAAAGUUCCUGGACUAUACCACAGACAAUAUGUCAAUCUACCCAUCACCUACGGGCGUGCUGAUAGCAAUAGACCUUGCCUACAACCUACACAGUGCUUACGGCAACUGGUACCCAGGCUGCAAACCGCUGAUACAACAAGCUAUGGCCAAGAUCAUGAAAGCCAAUCCUGCGUUGUACGUGUUGAGGGAGCGUAUCCGUAAGGCACUGCAGCUCUACUCCUCUGAACCCACUGAACCUUAUCUCUCCUCUCAAAACUACGGAGAACUCUUCUCAAACCAGAUUAUCUGGUUUGUGGAUGACACCAAUGUGUACAGAGUGACAAUACACAAGACAUUUGAGGGUAAUUUAACCACUAAACCCAUCAACGGAGCCAUCUUCAUAUUCAACCCCAGAACCGGACAACUGUUUUUGAAAAUUAUCCACACAUCAGUCUGGGCAGGACAAAAACGUUUGGGACAGUUGGCCAAGUGGAAGACAGCUGAGGAAGUCGCAGCCCUGAUCCGAUCACUGCCUGUGGAAGAACAGCCUAAACAAAUCAUUGUCACCAGGAAAGGCAUGUUGGAUCCUCUCGAGGUGCACUUGCUGGAUUUCCCCAACAUCGUCAUCAAGGGUUCAGAACUGCAGCUUCCCUUCCAAGCGUGCCUGAAGGUAGAGAAGUUUGGAGAUCUGAUAUUGAAAGCCACUGAACCUCAGAUGGUACUAUUCAAUCUGUACGAUGACUGGCUCAAGACCAUCUCGUCUUACACUGCAUUCUCCCGUUUGAUUCUGAUCCUGCGAGCACUUCACGUCAACACUGAGAGAACUAAGGUCAUCUUGAAGCCUGACAAGACCACCAUCACUGAGCCUCAUCACAUAUGGCCUACACUCACAGACGAUGAGUGGAUCAAGGUGGAAGUUCAACUAAAGGAUCUCAUACUUGCUGACUACGGCAAGAAGAACAAUGUCAAUGUAGCCUCACUAACACAGUCUGAGAUACGAGACAUCAUUCUGGGUAUGGAGAUCAGUGCACCGUCGGCUCAGCGACAACAGAUCGCAGAGAUAGAGAAGCAGACCAAGGAGCAGAGUCAGUUGACAGCUACUACUACACGGACUGUCAACAAGCAUGGGGAUGAGAUCAUCACAUCUACCACGUCAAACUAUGAGACUCAGACUUUCAGCUCCAAGACAGAGUGGCGAGUGAGAGCUAUAUCUGCCACCAAUCUGCAUCUGCGAACAAACCACAUUUACGUGUCCUCUGAUGACAUCAAGGAGACUGGUUACACCUACAUCCUGCCCAAGAAUGUUCUCAAGAAGUUUGUCACCAUUUCUGACCUCAGGGCCCAGAUUGCUGGGUACUUGUACGGCCACAGCCCCACAGACAACCCACAGGUAAAGGAGAUCCGCUGUAUCGUGAUGCCACCACAGUGGGGCACUCACCAAACAGUUCACUUGCCCCACCAGCUGCCAGGACACCAGUACCUCAAGGAGAUGGAGCCUCUAGGUUGGAUUCACACUCAGCCCAACGAGUUGCCCCAACUCUCUCCCCAGGACAUCACCACCCACGCCAAGGUCAUGGCUGAGAACUCCUCCUGGGAUGGAGAGAAGACUGUGGUCAUAACUUGCAGCUUCACUCCAGGCUCGUGCUCUCUCACAGCCUACAAACUCACACCAAGCGGCUUUGAAUGGGGUCGGCAGAACACAGACAAAGGCAAUAACCCCAAAGGAUAUCUGCCCAGCCACUAUGAGAAAGUCCAGAUGCUGUUGUCGGACCGCUUCCUGGGCUUCUUCAUGGUUCCAUCUCAGGGUUCUUGGAACUACAACUUCAUGGGUGUGAGACAUGACCCCAACAUGAAGUAUGAACUUCAAUUAGCCAACCCCAAAGAGUUCUACCAUGAGGUACACCGACCUGCUCACUUCUUGAACUUCUCUUCCUUAGAAGAUGGAGAUGGAGUCGGUGCAGAUAGGGAGGAUGUUUAUGCUUAAGACUUUUAGAAAAUAUGGCUGUGUUUCAUACUUAGUUUACACUUUAUUGUUCAUUUCCAUUUCACUUUAAUAGUUUGUCUACAUUUUAAGUGAUCUUGAAUUUUGUACAUAGUUAGAUUUUUACUUAUAAGAAGGAAUGUGUAAAUAGGACCCCAAGAUGUGUAAAUGAUCUACCAUAUUCUUUUUAAAUACAUUUCUGUUCAAUAACA